UCUUAUUGAAUGCACUAACACAAAUUCACUGUCACUUUAAGUAUUCUCUUUGAUGUAUGCUAAGAACUGGAAUCCCAGUACAUCCUGAAGAAAUCAGGUGGCAACCUCCAGGGGCCUAUCAGUUACAACAUACAGAUUCUUCCCCUCAGAAUGAGCCCUGUUGUAUAAUAUUGCAUAGCUGGAGGAACGAAGAAUUCAGUAUAAAUAUAUUCACUGUGUGGUGUACCCACAUGAAAAACCCUUCCUCUGCAGGACUAUUGAUUAGAUUGGUUUCAUUUUAAAGAACUAAACAAGCAGGUGGUUACUACUAAGACACUUACCCUGAAGAUGUUCCUUGACUGGGUUGUUUAUAUGUGAAAAUGCAUGAACAUCUGUGCCAACAAAAAUGCAUGAACAUAUUUACUAACAUUCUGGCUUCAGAAAGAGGGAUGCAGGAGCUUGCUUUUAAUGCAUAAAUAAAUAACCCUUCUCCUAGUCAGCCUCCUUUCCUCAGCUUCUGCCCAUAUCAGUAGCUCUGCCAACUCUUGCCUUAUUUUUCUGGUUUCUGUUCUGUUGCUUCCCUGUUUACUUCUUUCGCAAAUGGUCAAAGUUUACAACAUGGUCAGCACCACUUAGGGUUUGGCCCCAAACUGACUUUAGUCUUUCCAGCUUCGACCAUAUAUCGGUUUUCUUUUUUGUAUCCCAUAAUUCCCAUAAGAAAGCUUGUCUCUUUCACUCACAGAAGUUGGUCCAAUAAAAGAUACUACCUCUCCCACCUUCUCUAAUCAAGCUAAUUUGUCGACAGUAACUUUCUACAGAAUUUUACCACAUACAAAAACUAUAAGUGCAACCACUAGUGACCAUUUUACCAUGCUACCAAGAUUUAAAGGCUAUCACUUAGUUGUAAGAGCAAAAUAAUCUGGUAAGAUAUCACCUGAAGAAGGAAACACAGAAUCACUGGAAAUUAUUUGCCCGUAUGUUCAAAGGAUGCUUUGUAGAAUAAAAAGUUCUCUGUGGUCGAGGGCAAGUUCUGGAUGAACCAGGCAGAUGGUACUGAUCUCCACUCACCUAACUGAUCAGUCAUCCUUCCCUGUUUAUAUAAACUAGUCAUUUAAGGAGGUCAUUGCUGAUAAUAUACCUUUGAAUUUGUCACUGCCCACAUGUCCUGUUCCAGUCCAAUUUACAGGAACAUACUGCUACAGUAAUGUCGGUUAUCUGCCAUUUAGAUUGUCCUCAGGCUCUAAAACAAGUGAAAUGCUUACAUAUAUUAUCUCUAUGUAUCUUUAUAUAUAUGCAACAGGGUGGAAGCCAUUUUGCAGGUUUUAGACACUAUUGACUGAUCACAAGUUCUCCUAACAACAUAAUGUAAGCUCCAACUGUGUCACCAUCCUCUAUGUUAUAUCCUUGGGGGCAGCAUUUUUAAGAAGAAAUCACCUGGAACACAGAGAGCUGUAAACUUUAAAAGCAGCCAUUUAUUACCACACACUGAACUGACUAAAUCAGCCAAAACUGGCUGGGCUAUCCCCUAAUAAUCUAACUCAGUUGGCAUAGCAACAACAAGAUUUUAUUACCACAACAACCAUAUACAUAACAUAUUCCUCAACCCUUAACGAGAACAUUCCCUAAAUAAAACAAACACUAAACUAGAGAAGGAAGGUACACUGCCUCCGUUCCCGGCUAAACCCUGGGGAUUAUUUUGCCCAGUAACUGUGGGUUCGCCCUAGAUAAAGAUCCAGGCAUUGAGGAGGCCUCCUGUCUCUAGGCCCUGGUCUACACUAGGACUUUAGGUCUAAUUUAGCAGCGUUAAAUCGAUGUAAACCUGCACCCAUCCACACGAUGAAGACCUUUAUUUUGACUUAAAGGGCUCUUAAAAUCGAUUUCCAUACUCCAUCCCUGACAAGUGGAUUAGCGCUGAAAUCGGCCUUGCCAGGUCGAAUUUGGGGUACUGUGGACACAAUUCGACGGUAUUGGCCUCCGGGAGCUAUCCCAGAGUGCUCCAUUGUGACUGCUCUGGACAGCACUCUCAACUCAGAUGCACUGGCCAGGUAGACAGGAAAAUAACUGCGAACUUUUGAAUCUCAUUUCCUGUUUGGCCAGUGUGGGAAGCUGCAGGUACCAUGCAGAGCUCAUCAGCAGAGGAGACCAUGAUGGAGUCCCAGAAUCGCAAAACUGGACUGAACGGGAGGUACGGGAUCUGAUCGCUGUAUGGGGAGAGGAAUCCAUGCUAUCAGAACUCCGUUCCAGUUUUCGAAAUGCCAAAACCUUUGUCAAAAUCUCCCAGGGCAUGAAGGACAGAGGCCAUAACAGGGACCCGAAGCAGUGCCGUGUGAAACUUAAGGAGCUGAGGCAAGCCUACCAAAAAACCAGAGAGGCGAAUGGCCGCUCCGGGUCAGAGCCCCAAACAUGCCGCUUCUAUGAUGAGCUGCAUGCCAUUUUAGGGGGUUCAGCCACCACUACCCCAGCUGUGUUGUUUGACUCCUUCAAUGGAGAUGGAGGCAACACGGAAGCAGGUUUUGGGGACGAAGAAGAUGAUGAUGAUGAUGAGGUUGUAGAUAGCUCACAGCAAGCAAGUGGAGAAACUGCUUUUCCCGACAGCCAGGAACUGUUUCUCAACCUGGACCUGGAGCCAGUACCCCCCGAACCCACCCAAGGCUGCCUCCUGGACCCGGCAGGCGGAGAAGGGACCUCCGCUGCAUGUGUUUCAAGGAUCACAGGAUCUUCUCCUUCCCAGAGGCUAGUGAAGAUUAGAAGGCAAAAAAAACACACUCGUGAUGAAAUGUUCUCUGAGCUCAUUCUGUCCUCCCACACUGACAGAGCACAGACGAAUGCGUGGAGGCAAAUGAUGUCAGAGUGCAGGAAAGCACAAAAUGACCGGGAGGAGAGGUGGGGGGCUGAAGAGAGUAAGUGGCAGGUUGAAGAGAGGGCUGAAGCUCAAAUGUGGCGGCAGCGUGAUGAGAGGAGGCAGGAUUCAAUGCUGAGGCUGCUGGAGGACCAAACCAGUAUGCUCCAGUGUAUGGUUGAGCUGCAGCAAAGGCAGCUGAAGCACAGACUGCUACUACAGCCCCUGUGUAACCAACCGCCCUCCUCCCCAAGUUCCAUAGCCUCCACACCCAGACGCCCAAGAACGCGGUGGGGGGGCCACCGGCCAACCAGCCACUCCGCCACAGAGGAUUGCCCCCAAAAAAGAAGGCUGGCAUUCAAUAAAUUUUAAAGUUGUAAACUUUUAAAGUGCUGUGUGGCAUUUUCCUUCCCUCCUCCACCACCCCUCCUGGGCUACCUUGGUAGUCAUCCCCCUGUUUGUGUGAUGAAUGAAUA